AUGGAGAAAGUAUUGGUGGCCCUCUUUGAGAGAGCAAAGAAAGCGGCGGACGCAGCCGCCGCGGGUGAAGUCGGAGUUGAUUCCUCAGCGGCGGAGGAUCGGUGUAUUGAUUCUCUCAGGCGGCUCAAGGGCCUUCCAAUCAAUUAUGACAUCCACUUCACAACCCAAGUUGCAAAACGUCUCCGGCAACUGAUUAAGCAUCCAAGAAAGAAGAUUCAGAAACGUCCCAGUGGAGAUUCUGGUAAGGCAAAGAAGAAAGUCCAGUUCUACUAUGGUUCAAAGAAAUCAGCUCCACGGAAACUGACUUGUCUACCUUCAAUCAAGGACAAAAAUAGAGACCAAAUCAGGGAGCUUCUAGCAGAGGGAUUGAGCAAAGUAGACGACGACGGACUUAAGGAGGUUGUAGAUUCAUAUGAUCCUCAUUGUGUGGCUACUGAGGUUGAAUCUGUGUUGUUUUCCAAAUGGGGUUUUUUCAACGGACCAAAGAAAGAGAGAUAUAGGUCGGUGGUGUUCAAUAUCAAGGACCCGAAAAACAAGGAUUUUUCGCCGGAACGUGCUUCUGCAGCGGUUUUCUCCGGUGUCCAUCGCCGACUUGAGACCUGA